AUGGACAACCAGCGUGGGAUGCACUCAGGAUCCUCCAAGCAAGACACAGCUGUGCCCUGGGAGGCCUUGGCCACCACUUUAAAUUCUGGAUACCAUGUCCAGGUAAUGGAGAUUCCCUGGCAUCUGAGGCAUCUCGAUUGCUUCUACGUCACCCAGAAGCAUCAGGUGGAUCAACUGACAAAGAACAAGCUGGACCGUGCUGAGUUUGAGAAGCAGCAUCAGCUCCUCCUGGAGAGAGGCCAGCAGAGCACAGCCCGCACCCUGGCUGACCUGCAGAGCCAGGUGUCCUCCCUGCAGGGCUGGGUGUCCUCCCUGCAGGGUAUGGACUGUGAGUUGGAGGAUGUGGAGCAGGAGGUCAGGCAGCUGGAGGAGGCCUUUGGAAAGCUGGGGCUGGCUGGAGCUGACGGGAAAGCGGGCAGCAGCCACCAGAUCCCCCUGCAGCUGGGGCACCACCGUCUUGCCGGAGCACAGGACGAAGUGGUCCCACAGACACCUCUCCUGGGCACCGGGGCUCUUCCCACCACUCUGGCCCCUGAAGGAUGGAUCGGCACCCCGAGAGCCGGGCAGGACUGGGGGGUCCAGCCGAACCUGAAGGGACCAGGGACAGAGCCUGUGCCCAGGACCAGCAAGGGAACUCUAAGGUUACAGCCUGUCUCUCAGGGGAUGCAGGAAGGGACGCAGGGAACACCAGCGAGCCCUGCGAAGUGGGCUGGGGCCCCCUCCGAACAGACAAGGAUGUCUGAUGCCAGUGUCUCCAUGCCAGGGAUACAGCCAAAGUCCUCUAAGCAAGAGCCAGACACAACUUGGGGGGAGUUGGAGUUGUCGUGCACCUUAGAUUCUCUAUACCAGGUCCAGCUCUUGGAGUUUAAAAGUCAUCUAGGGCAUCUUGACCACUUAUUUGGCAUCCUAAUGAAUCGAGUGGACCAGCUGAGAGACACCAAGCUGGACCGUGCUGAGCUUAGGAAGCUGUGCCAGCUCCUCCCGGGGGGAGGCCAGCAGAGCAUGGCGCACAUCCUGGCUGACCUCCAGACCCAGGCGUCCUCUGUCCAGAGCCAGGUGUCCUCCCUGCAGGCUCUGGAAUGGGAGCUCCAGCACGUGAAGCAGAAGGUCAGGCAGCUGGAGGAGGCCUUUGGAAAGCUGGGGCUGGCUGGAGCUGACGGGAAAGCGGGCAGCAGCCACCAGAUCCCCCUGCAGCUGGGGCACCACCGUCUUGCGGGAGCACAGGACGACAUGGUCCUACAGACACCUCUCCCGGGCACCGAGGCUCUUCCCGCCUCUCCGGCCCCUGCGGGUUGGAUCGACACCCCCAGAGCCAGACAGGAGUGAGGGUCCCCUGCUCAAGUCCCCCCAGCUCUGAGCAGGAGAGGAAGCGCUGCCGGGCAGCACCAAUAAACAGUGAUGGGCAGACAAGCGCCAGCGUGGUCUGAGUGUGGGGACCCCGGUCAGGAUCUUCCCCUCAGGCACCAGGAGGUGCCGGCAGCGUCCCUUGUCCUGCUGCCACUGUCUCUGGAGGAGCUGAGCACAGCCCCCGUGCCACCCCCUGCCCGGGUCUGCGCCACCUGUGCUGCCGC